CCCGCAGGUUUUUGUAGCGGGCCGUGUCAGUAGCACUGUAUUGUCCUCAAAGCGAGCAAAGAAGUUGUUUAGUUUGUCUGGGAGCAAGACAUUGGUGUCCGUGACUGGGCUGGUUUUUGUUUUGUAGUCCGUUAUUGACUGUAAGUUGUGUGCAGAACAGGGAGGAGUUGAGUGAUAACAUUAAUCUAAAGUGAAACUGCAUAACUCUCCUGCUCCACAUCACUCUACACACAGAUGCACAGUCAACCUUCUCUCAAGACAAAGAGAAAAAACACUCAGGUUUCAGAAAUGUCCACCUCCAGCAAUGUUCUGUCUGAAGAGCAGUUCCUGUGCUCUGUCUGUCUGGAUGUGUUCACUGAGCCAGUCUCUAUUCCAUGUGGACACAACUUCUGCAAGGCCUGUAUCAGUGAAUACUGGAACACCACUGUCCUGUGCCAGUGUCCACUGUGUAAGGACACAUUCAAUAGAAGACCUGACCUAAACACCAACACAACACUCAGAGAUGUUGCAGAUCAUUUUAAGAGGAUGAAGGUCACAGACAGAGAGGAGUCCUCUUCCAAGCCUGGAGAAGUAGCACAAGUGCAGCAGAUGAUCCUGGAGCGACUGCUGAAGGUUAAGGAGAUCAAACUCUCAGUAGAGCUCAGCCAGAGAGAUGCAGAGAGAGAGAUAGCAGGAAGUGUGGAGGUCUUCACUGCUCUGGUGCGCUCCAUUGAGAGAAGACAGGGUGAGGUUAUUGAGGAGGUUGAGGAGAAGCAGAAAGCAGCUGAGAGGCAGGCUGAAGGGCUCAUUGAAGAACUGGAGCAGGAAAUCACUGAGCUGCGGAGGAGAGGCACUGAGCUGGACCACCUCCACCAGAACUCCCCAUCCCCAAUCAAGGACUGGUCUGAGAUCAGUGUUCACAGGGAUCUGCAUGUAGGAACUGUGAGGAAAGUUCUGUCUCAGCUGGAGGAGAUGCUUCAUAAUGAGAUGGAGAAGUGGUGUAAUGAUGAGCUGAGGAGGUUACGGCAGUGGUCAGUGGAUGUGACUCUGGAUCCUGAUACAGCACAUCCCAAUCUCAUUGUGUCUGAGAACAACAAACAAGUGAGUCAUGGAGACAAAGGGCAGAUUCUCCCUGACCUCCCAAAGCGGUUUGAUAUUUAUCUAUCGGUUCUGGGAAAGGAGUGCUUCUCCUCAGGGAGAUUCUACUUUGAGGUUCAGGUGAGAGGGAAGAUUGAGUGGCAGGUAGGCGUGGCCAGAGAGUCCAUCAUCAGGAAGGGCCCAACAGUUAAAAGCCCUGAGGGUGGACUCUGGGCUCUGUAUAUGAAGGGUGAGAAUAAGUAUGAGAUCAAGGACACACCUCCUAUCCCCCUCUUCCUGAGUCAGAAACCCCAGAAGGUGGGGGUGUUUGUGGAUUACAAGGAGGGUCAGAUCUCCUUUUAUGAUGUAGAAAACAUGUCUCAUAUCUACUCUUUCACUGGUUGUACCUUCACUGAGAAACUACAUCCAUACUUGAACCCCUGUGAUAAUGAGGAGGGUCCAAACUCAGCCCCAUUGGUCAUCUCUCCUGUCAAUCACACUGACUGAAUUGGUGUCCAAUAAGGCAACAGCUGACAAUCUGAUGGAGCAAAUAACAAUUAGACGAACACAUCCAAUGGUAAAGUGUUGAUAAUAAUGGGGCACGUUCCAGGUGGUCUGUCAUGCAAUCACAAACUCAUUUCACAACACCUGGACAGGUGUUUAACAACAUUUUCCCACCAAAGUAUGUUCAUCUCUGGGAGACAGAACGCGUCUCCUUCCUGAGCAUUAUGGCGGCUGUGUGGUCCCAUGGUGUUUGUACUUGCUUAUUAUUGUUUGUACAGAUGAACGUGGGACCUUCAG